CUGCGGGCGGGGUGGGGGGGUUGUUGACCGGUGGUAGACUCCCGUGCGCCGCUGUCCGAGGCGAUGCACGUCCGCUGAUGGGAAUAACCGGGAACCUGGCCGCUCGUCUGACCGCUAUUCGCCAGAGCUCGCUUAGGAACAGUCGGCAGACCAUCAUGUCGAGGCGGCUCCAGGCGCGCAGGACGGACGGCGUCGAUAAAAACGUUUGGGUUGAACUCACACAAAUGGCAGCAGACUACAAGGCAGUGAACCUCGGGCAGGGAUUUCCCGACUUCUCCCCUCCUCCGUUCAUCCAGGAGGCUUUCCAUGAAGCUUUGCGCGGAGGACCCCCCAUGCACCAGUACACCCGCGCUUUUGGUCAUCCCCCUCUUGUAAAACGUCUGGCUCAAUUCUUCAGUAGGAUUGUGGGACAUGAGAUCGAUCCUCUGGAAGACAUCCUGGUCACAGUUGGAGCUUAUCAGGCUCUCUUCUAUGCAUUUCAGGCUCUGGUCGAUGAAGGGGAUGAGGUCAUAAUUAUCGAGCCGUUCUUUGACUGCUACCAGCCGAUGGCGAAGAUGGCUGGAGGAAAGGCAGUGUAUGUACCUCUGAGGCCAAAAGUUGAAGGCGGCACCGUCCUGGCAAGUGGGGACUGGGUUCUCUCUGCUGAGGAGCUGGCCACCAAAUUCACUCCACGCACAAAAGCCGUUGUUAUCAACACUCCCAACAACCCAUUAGGAAAGGUUUACAAGACCGAAGAGCUCCAAAUGAUUGCCGAUCUGUGUAUCAAACACGAUGUGCUGUGCAUCAGUGACGAGGUGUACGAGUGGCUGACGUACGACGGAGCCAAGCACGUAAAGAUAGCCAGCCUUCCCGGCAUGUGGGAGCGAACCAUCACUGUUGGCAGUGCCGGGAAGACUUUCAGUGCCACCGGCUGGAAGGUUGGCUGGGCCAUCGGCUCCGGACAGAUCAUCAAACACCUGAAAACCAUCCAUCAGAACAGCGUUUACCACUGUGCAACAGCUGCUCAGGAGGCAGUGGCUCGCGGCUUUGAGAGAGAGCACGCGCUGUUCGGGACGCCGGAGAGCUACUUCCAGCAGCUGCCCGCGAUGCUGCACCAGAGGAGGAAGAAGCUGGCCUCGUGUCUGGAGAGUGUGGGCCUGCAGCCCAUCAUGCCAGAGGGAGGCUAUUUCAUGAUCGCAGACAUCUCCUCUGCCAAGGUGGACCUCAAUGACCAGGGCACUGAGGACGAACUCUAUGAUUCCAGAUUUGUGAAAUGGCUAAUUAAAGAGAAGGGUUUAGCAACAAUCCCCGUCUCUGCGUUCUACAGUCCGGAGCACAGCAAGGAGUUUGACAAGUACAUCAGAUUCUGUUUUGUCAAGGAGGACUCCACCCUGGAUGCCGCAGAGGACAUCUUGAGAAAGUGGAGCCACGGACAGUAAAUUCAUCCAUGAUGUGAAGCAUUACGCAUCCAUCCAGAGUUCACCAAGCUACUUAAACUGGCCUGGUCUGCCUCCCCAGUUAAAAUGAGGCACAUUCUGUGUUUCUAAGUGUGUGUCCCCACAUCAGGGCACUGUAUGGUACACAAACACAACAUCCACUUUCCAUUUGUCCUUAUACUGCAGUUGUGAAAAUACUCAGACUUUAACAAAAAAAAAAAUCCUUGUUAAUGUUCCCGUGCAAUGAUUUUAAAAAAACUGUGAAUAAAAUAUUUUCAAUAUUA